UGCGACUCUCUGGCUUCGUGUGUCCGCCCGCAUACCAUUAGAUUUUCGUCCUUUUUAAUGGAAACAACACCGCCACCAGAGAGAAAGAUAAAUACAGAAAUAAAAAGAGACACUAGUGCGACGAGAAAUAAUUCGCGGUUUACGAGAUAAUACGCUCAAACAUAUAUUUGUAAAUAAAUGACGUGACAGUGUUUUGGAUUUUCGUUGUAAAAACUAAAACAACAGGAAAACAAACUCGCGAGAAUCUCGGAGAACCCGCUCCGAACUUGGAACCAUCGAAACAAUAUUUUUCCUUUUGACAACAAUAUCGGGGCAGCAACGAGAUUACGAGUUUUGGAAAAUUUCACUCCUCGCGACAUUUACCGACGGUCGGUAAAACUCGGAAAGCUUCACUUACGCCCUCCAACCAGCGAGGAAGGACCUCGGAGCCGACGAGGAUGUCAGCGGUCGAAAGCGCUUUGGAAGUUCUCUCUAGAGCUGCCACCAUGGUUCAAGAAGAACGACCAAAGUCAACGAGUCUUCAUAGAAAACCAAGCAGCGCGUGGCGCAGGGAGCGUAGGAGGGACCCGAUUCAGAGCGAGGCACUGGAUAUGUCAGCGGCGAGGGUGCAUCAUCACAACAGGCCAAGUGUUAUCGUGCCAGCCGCACCUCAACCCGGCACGACGAUCGAGGAUACAGCAGUGACGCCCACGCCAUCGGCUACGCCUUCGGCGGCGAUAGGCGGCCAGAGAACUGGUAUUCGAAGCCCAGGAGUCGUCAGUGACCCUGCAAUAGACGAACACUUCAAAAGGUCCCUCGGCCUUAAAGACUACGCAGCUGUUUUCAACGCAUCCUCGACCACCGACAAGGAAACUGGCCUCAGUGUGGACGAUCAUUUCGCGAAAGCUCUGGGCGAGACGUGGACGAGGCUGCAGGCGACGGGACGUAGCAAGGAAUCGACAUAACCCGCGUCGACCUCGGAGCAUCGUGACAACCGUAAAUUCGCUCCGAGUUCUUACAACACGAGGAGCAAAAAAAAUCACAAAUUCGAUGCUUCGCUCAUGAGACUAGAAAAAGAGACAUAAGGUCCUGUUAAUUUUUGAUUUGCCUGUUUUUUUCGUCAAUCACACUCGCUAAUUAAUUCAUCGAAGUGAAUAAUUCUGUUUCUUUAACGUGUCUGGAGGGUUUUAAAGUUUAAAAAUGCUACCAAAUGGUUCGGAGAUCGUGUAAAUAGUCGUAAGUCCAAGAAGAUAUCCCAUCGAUAAGAUUUCUUCGUCUCUCUUCUUCCUCUAGUUUACUUUUCCUUUCGUUUGUCGCUCGUUGAAUUUCAUCCUUUCGAAUAAUUCGAACGUGGUGGAUAACAGACUCGAUUAUUUAUUACAUUAUAUACGUAAAACGACUAAUUCCUCGCAAAUGAAUGAAAUAUCAAUAAAUACGUCGAAUCAAUUUAUCAUUAUAUUUAAAUAAUAAUUCAAGCUUCGUGAUAAACAACUCUGCGCAACGUUACGCAACUCUAUCCAAUAAGCAUAUGUUAUAAAUAUAUAUUAGAUAUUAAACGAACUAUUAUUCACGAA